UGACAACAGGGAUCAGGGAACGCGAAACGGGAAAUGUACGUGGAUUGACUCCUCUCACUGCCCGUAGCCCUGGGCCUCCGGGAGCUGGGAAUCCCGACGGCACCCCGCGGCGGACAAACUGCCAGCUACGUGGAGCGCCUGCACCACCACCAGUCCUGGGGCAAGUGCCUCAGUUUCAGUCUGGGUGACCUUUAAGUGAAACUUGCUUGCAAUCUUAGUUCAUACACAGAAGACUGCAAUCAACAAAAUCAACAGGUCGAAGAACGAUGUUGUCCUUAAACAACCUACAGAAUGUCAUCUAUAACCCGAUGAUCCCCUAUGUUGGCACCAUUCCUGAGCAGUUGGAGCCUGGAACAUUGAUUGUGAUACGUGGACAUGUUCCUUGUGAUGUGGACAGAUUCCAAGUGGAUUUACAGUGUGGCAGCAGUGUGAAACCUCGAGCCGAUGUGGCCUUUCAUUUCAAUCCUCGUUUCAAAAGGACCAACUGCAUUGUAUGCAAUACUCUGAUGAAUGAAAAAUGGGGAUGGGAAGAGAUCACCUACGACAUGCCUUUCAAGAAAGAAAAAUCUUUUGAAAUUGUGAUCAUGGUGCUGAAGGAAAAAUUCCAGGUGGCUGUAAAUGGAAAACACAUUCUCCUCUAUGCCCACAGGAUAAGUCUGGAGAAAGUAGACACUCUGGGCAUUUAUGGCAAAGUGAAUAUUCACUCAAUUGGUUUUAGCUUCAGCUCGGUUUUACAAAGUACCCAAGCAUCCACUGUGGAGCUGACAGCGAUAAGUAGAGAAAAUGUGCAGAAGUCUGGCACGCCACAGUUUCCUAGUAAUAGAGAAGGAGACAUUUCUAAAGUCGUACCCAGAACUGCCUACACCAAGAGCAAAGAUUCGACUGUCAAUCAUACUUUGACUUGCACCAAAAUACUACCUACCAGCUAUUUGUCAAAGAGCCUGCCAUUUGUUGCGAGGUUGAAUUCUUCCAUGGGCCCCGGGCGAACUGUUGUCAUCAAAGGAGAAGUGAACACAGGUGCCAAAGGCUUUAAUGUUGACCUGAUAGCAGGAAAAUCGAAGGAUAUUGCUCUACACUUGAACCCACGCCUGAAUAUGAAAGCAUUUGUAAGAAAUUCUUUUCUUCAAGAGUCCUGGGGAGAAGAAGAGAGAAAUAUUACUUGUUUCCCAUUUAGUCCUGGGAUGUACUUUGAGAUGAUAAUUUAUUGUGAUGUUCGAGAAUUCAAGGUUGCAAUAAAUGGUGUACACAGCCUGGAAUACAAACACAGAUUUAAGGAGCUUAGCAGUAUCGACACGCUGGAAAUUGAUGGAGACAUCCACUUACUGGAAGUAAGGAGCUGGUAGCCAACUUGACUGUUUAAAAAAAACCAAAAUACAAAAUGGCUUAUGUGAUAAUGGCCUUAUCAAAGCGCAUCUCAUUGUCACUAUAUGGUUUAUAUUGUUAAAAUGAGCUUGCACAGUGUUAAGUCUUAGGUGUUCUCAGUCCUUGCCAAGCAGUGUGGCUGUGUCUAGCACUGAAUGAAAAAUUUGGGGCAAUGGAACUUAUAGCCAGGAGGCCACUCUAUUCCCCAUCUGCCCCAGCACCUUCUUUUAAAAAAUGUAUUCAGCAAAUAUUUAUUAAGUGCCUAGAAUUAAUAUAGUAGCUGGCAUGUACUGAAUACCUACUUGUUUCUAUCAGCACUGUGCCAGGAACUGGGAUCCAUACAUAGUGCACAAAACCAGUGUGUUCCCUGGUCUCAAGCUUUACUCAGCUCUCUGUCACUGUGCACUGUUUUGCUGUAGGCAUUGCAUAAUCACACUGGGUCCUACAGGGCUGUUAUAUAGCUAGUAAGUUAAAUAAAUUCACUAGUGUAUGUAGAAGAUCAGUCCUUCCCCUGUGACCACCUUCAUACCCAGUGUUCUAUCACAGUCCACAACUGAGAGGCUUGAUGUUCACUUACCAACGGCAAAUAAUUUUCGUUCAGCAUAAUAAACAUCUCUAGCUCUAGCUGUAAGCUUUCCCAAAUCUGAACACAGCACAAAAACCAAGGCAAACACACACACACACCAAAAAAGCAGCUGGUACUGACAAUGCAGCAGAUUUCUGUAUGCUGAACUCUGAGUGUAAAGUCUGCAUGUACUCUUAUAUGAAGUUUAAGGCUUAUGUCAGAUGAACUCAGUUUGUAGAGUAUUUUUGAUAUUGAAGAAAUGUUGAUUAAAAUGAAUUUAUAAAAUAGGCGCUAUCAGAAAGUAAAAUGGACCAACUGAGAGAACAGUAAAGUAAAACAUAAAAAUCUGUUUAGCCUGUGUGCAAACCAAUACAUGCCUCUGCUCUUCUACAGAUUAGUCCAGCAUCAUUAGUAACUGAGAUCAAAACAUUGUUCUGCUUUAAGUGAUUGAAAUCAAACCUGUAACAGCAAGUUAAAGUGUAGCAUUUCUGUAAUUUCUCUAUUAUUUGAAGUGAGCUGGCAUGAGUUCUAUGUAAAAUCUUUACAGGUCAGAUCUUGUUUGAGAUUUCGAAGUGAGGGGGGAAAAAGAGCUAAAUCAUUCUUUAGUUUUAUAUAAAACUGCUGGGAAGAAUUCUGCCAGGAUUAGAAAUAUUUUUGUAACAAAUUUUGGGUAAAUGUUUUUUGUAACCAUAUCUUGAAAAGAAUACAAUCAGUAUAAUUAUUAUUAUUAUUAUUAUUUUCAAAAAAGGACUCAGUGUAGAAACGUCUAGCCCUCUCUCCUUUUCCAGUUUUACAUGUUAAUUCUCAUUACAUAGGGUCUUUCCAACCUCAAAAAGACACUGGGUGGAGGGCAUGCAGGGUACCGUGCAGGAGGCCCUACAAUCCCCUGGGGUUAUUUUUUUUCAUAAAGAACAUCAGAAUGCAUGACCGAGAUGCUGAAGACUGUAUAAGGGGACUUCAAAGAGUUCAUAGAAAAUGGAAUUAAAAGAUAAGCUUAUUUUGGUGAAAACAUUUUUUAAGUCCAUGCAUGUGAGGCACUUAAGAGAAAAUAAAACCCUACUAUUUACUUGAAAGGCAGAGUAAUAGAAAAAGAAGGGGAGACAGAGAAGGAAAUAUUCCAUCCACUGGGUCACCCUUCAAAUGGGUGCAAUAGCUGAGACUCAGCCAGGCCAGAGCCAGGAGCUUAGAACUCCAUCCAGGUCUCCCAGGUACCUGGGCAUCCUCUGGGUCAGGGCCCCAGGUACUUGGGCUAUCUUUUGCUGCUUUCCCAGGUGGGUUAGCAGGGAGCUUCCUAGAUUGGAAGCAGAGCAGCAUGGACUUGAACUGGAGGUCCAAUAUGGGAUGCUAGCAUCACGGGUAGAAGCUGAAUCUGCGUCACAGUCGGCCCCUCCUGUAAGUCUUACAAAGUUUGUUUUCAUCUUUGUUUUAAAUAAAGUUACAAGACUGAUUCUUUGAUGGAAUAAGUGCAAAAUCUUAAAGGUUUUUCUUAAAAAGCUCUUUGUUAAUAUUUAUUAAU